AUGUUGGAGAAGGCGUGGGUUCAUCUGUCAAGAGUUGAUCCUGCUUAUGAGAAGGGUGCAUGGGACUUUGUCCAAGCUGUGUCUGCGGGUGAUGGAGCUGAUAAGUUCAUUAUCUGCCCUUGCACAGACUGUCGGAAUGUAGAUCGGCAUUCAGCUGCAGAUAUAGUCGAUCAUCUGGUUAGAAGGGGAAUGGAUGAGGUGUACAAGCAGCGUAAGGACUGGUAUCAUCAUGGAGAAGUAUACUCUGUGGCUGAAGGCGAGAUGAAAGAGAAGCAGUGGAAUGAAGAGAUUGUUGGGUUGUACAGAGCUGUUGAGAAUUUAGAUGAAGAGUUAGCUACUGAACGUGACUUCUGUGAGAUGGCAGAGGGAGAAGACAUGAAAGAAGAUGAGUUCUUGGCAAAGAUUGCAGAUGCUGAAACCCCAUUAUAUCCAAGCUGCGCAAACCAUAGCAAGUUAUCAGCCAUCGUGUCAUUGUUUAGGCUGAAGACUAAGAAUGGCUGGUCUGACAAGAGCUUCGAUGAUCUACUUGAGACGUUGCCGGAGAUGUUACCAGAGGAUAACGUGUUGCAUACAUCACUGUACGAAGUUAAGAAGUUCUUGAAGUCUUUUGAUAUGGGUUAUGAGAAGAUUCAUGCGUGUGUUAAUGAUUGCUGCCUGUUCAGAAAGAAGUUGAAGAAGCUCGACAGUUGUCCUAAAUGUAAGGCCUCAAGAUGGAAGAUUAACCAGCACACUGGUGAGAUCAAGAAAGGUGUCCCACAGAAAGUAUUAAGAUACUUUCCAAUAAUCCCACGGCUAAAGAGGAUGUUUAGGUCUGAAGAAAUGGCCAGAAACCUAAGGUGGCAUUCUACUAACCAGAGCAGCGAUGGGAAACUAAGGCAUCCCGUAGAUUCUGUGACAUGGAAACAGAUGAAUGACAAGUAUCCCACAUUUGCCGCUGAGGAAAGGAAUAUACGGCUGGGACUCUCUACGGAUGGAUUUAAUCCUUUCAACAUGCAGAGCAGUAAGUACAGUUGUUGGCCUGUGCUGUUAGUUAACUACAAUUUGCCUCCUAACCUAUGUAUGAAGAAGGAGAAUAUCAUGCUAACACUGCUCAUUCCUGGUCCACAACAGCCUGGUAAUAGUAUUGAUGUCUACUUAGAGCCAUUAAUAGAGGAUUUAAAUCAGUUGUGGAGCAAAGGAGAGUCAACAUAUGAUGUUGUGAGUAACACUGCAUUUACAAUGAAGGCAAUGCUGCUCUGGACUAUUAGUGAUUUCCUAGCCUAUGGAAAUCUAGCUGGAUGCAAAGUGAAAGGAAAAAUGGGUUGUCCUGUGUGCGGGAAACACACUGAUAGUAUGUGGCUGAAGUUAUGUAGGAAGCAUGUGUAUAUGUCUCAUAGAAAGGGUCUCCCACCAACGCAUAGAUAUAGGUCGAAGAAGGCUUGGUUUGAUGGACACGCUGAACACGGGAGAAAGUCUAGGAUACUAUCUGGUCAUGACAUUUCCAAUAACCUGAAGCACUUUGUUAACAACUUUGGGAAUUUUAGAGAAGGUAGAACGAAGAGGAAAAGAACAGUGAGUGUUGAAGAAGACUGUGAUAUUGAGGACGUUUCCAGUGAAUCUGAGGCAGAGGAAGAAGAUGAAGUUGAUGAGGAGGAGUUGUCAAGAUGGAAAAAAAGAUCAAUCUUCUUUCAACUUCCUUAUUGGGAGGAACUACCCGUGAGGCAUAAUUUGGACGUAAUGCACAUUGAGCGAAAUGUGGCAAAGAGCAUUGUCUCAACGUUACUUCACUGUGGGAAUUCGAAGGAUGGUCUCAAUACACGUAAGGAUCUGGAACAUCUUGGUAUUAGAAAGGAUCUGCACCCGAGGGCCAAAGGGAAAAGGACUUACCUACCAGCAGCACCUUGGUCUUUGUCGAAGAGUGAGAAGAAAGUAUUCUGCAAGCGACUUUCUGAUUUUAAAGGACCUGAUGGAUAUUGUUCAAACAUAUCUAGGGGUGUUUCAGUAGAAGAGUGUAAGGUAUCAGGUCUCAAAUCACAUGAUUAUCAUGUGCUGAUGCAACAGUUACUCCCGGUUGCAGUUAGAGGAUUAUUACCUAAAGGCCCGAGACUAGCAAUAUUACGGAUGUGUGCAUUCUUCAACCGGUUAUGCCAGCGAGUAAUAGAUGUAGAGCAGAUUUCAAAAAUGGAAGCAGAAGUUGUGGAAACUCUCUGUAUGUUUGAGAGAUUUUUUCCUCCAAGCUUCUUCGACAUAAUGGUUCAUUUGACAGUUCAUCUUGGAAGGGAAGCUAAACUAUGUGGUCCAGUCCAUUUUCGCUGGAUGUAUCCAUUUGAGAGACACAUGAAGAUCCUGAAAGACUAUGUUAGAAACACUGCGAGGCCAGAGGGUUGUAUUGCUGAGUCCUAUCUUGCAGAAGAGUGCAUGCAGUUCUGCAGUGCGUUUCUUAAAAAGACAACCAAUGUGGAGGAGAAAUUAGAUAGGAAUGCUGACUAUGAGAGCCAGACAAUCCUAGAGGGACGUCCAAUAUCGGCACCAAAAUCAAUUAACCUCUCUGAAAUGGAGAAGAAAACAGCCCACCUUGCUGUCCUACAGAACACAUCUGUUGUUGACCCUUAUGUUGAGUGUCAAUGGGCAGUACGAGGAAACGGAGUUAAGGUGGAAGAUGGGUACACACUUGUUAACUUGAAUCAGUCUCAAGUUUCCUUUAAUAGGGAUCCAUACAUAUUAGCUUCUCAGGCAAAACAAGUGUUUUACUCAAGGGAGGAUGAUACAUCCUGCUGGUAUGUUGUCCUAAGAGGUCCAUCAAGAAGAUACAAUGAAACAGAAGAAGAAGAUGUCAACAUAGAUAUUGGACCAUUGCCAUCAAUCAUUGAUAUGGAUGUUGAAAUAGAUGAAGCUCACAAUGCCCGAGUUGAUUGUGAAGGCAUAUAUGUGUGA